UUCAUGCACUGCUCUAACUCUUUCUUUUAAGAGACUCCACAGGAAAGAGAGACGGAGUUGCUCAAUCUUUCUGCUUCAUCAAUAUCAUUCAGAAUUAAUGGAGAAGUCUAAUUCUAAUCCCAGAAAAUCAUCAACGAACAGGAAUAGAAUGGUUUUGGAGAAAGGGGUUGUUGGGCUUGGAAUAGUGGCAGCCAUGAGUGUGACCAACAUCAACAACUCCAUUGAUGUUGUUUCCUCUGCUAAACCUGCUGCAAACUUUUCCACAAGCUAUGACCUUUUCCAUGCUUCCCCUCUCAACACUGGAACCCGCUUUCUGUUUCCCACUCCUCAUUUUCUCAACUCCUGCAACCUUUGCUACAAACAUCUUCAUGGGAUCGACAUCUUCAUUUACAGAGGCGAGAAAGCGUUUUGUAGUGCACAAUGCCGUGAGGCUCACAUUAGAAACUACGAACAUGAGCAAGACAAGUACUACUACAAACACAAUAAUGCCCUCAAUGUGUCUGUGCCUAUUCUUGCAGCAUGAACCAACCAACCAACGUACACAACAUUAUAAUGAAUCAGAUGCUUUAUUUUAUUAUCACAUACUGCUACUAUUGUAUCUCUGUGAUUCAAUUGAGAAUUAGCAGCAUCAACCUCAAUAAAUGUCUUUCAAGCUAAGCUCAGCUAAGCUAGACCCUUCCUUACGAAAAUCGAAGCAAUUGUUUAUGGAAUAAUAUAAACAUUACAAGUAUAUUCCCCCAGAAAUGCACUUGUCUUUUUCAACUCUGCAUUCUCUUCCAUAUUUUUUGGAUUUAUCUUCUUCACAGUGUAUAUCCAAUUCACCAGAAAUGUGUCUUUCAAUUUCAUUAGAUUUUUUCUAUUUUAUUUCAACGGCUGUAUAUAUAUUGAGUUUUUUUAACAAGUGAAUAUAGCAUAUCACUUUUAUACUUUCAACCACAAGUUUGGUGAUAUUUGUUAUAAUUAAUUUAAAAUCUGUAUUAAUUAUAAUUUUAGUAUUAUGAUUUUUACCAGUAUGCAGAAAUUGAACAC